ACUAAUUUCGAUUCAGUACACUUUCACACGAGCGCGAAUAUUUUACAGAGCGGAUAAUAAAAAGUUUGUGAUUUUGUAUAAGUAUUUUUUCAAAAGAAAAGUGGCCAAAGUGUACAACAACACAGCAACAAUUGCAGCCUAAACCGCUGUGUGAAGAGUAAUCGUAGAAACAAAGCAAAAACCACAAAAAAAAAAAAAGAAAGAGUGUCUGUAAGAUAUUAACAAACAAUAAGCAAUAGAAAGAAAGAGUGCCGCAUGUUUCGGAUUUCAUAUCAAAGUGGCAACCACGAGCUGGCGUUGUAGUGUCUGUGCGGCAAACGCCUGUUAAGUAAAUGAGAUUAAGUACCACGCAUUGGCGCGCCGUACGGCGGUAUUUUUUAGUUUUCACCGCUAUUGCAUUGCUGCCCCUGGCGCUGGUCUAUCUGGUGCGAAACGAUCAAAUUUACCGCAUCAAAGGAUAUGAGGCGUCAAAGUUCAACGAUCACUUCGGUGAUCAAAGUUUUCGUUAUCCGGUAAUGUUGCUGGGGAAAAAUAAGGAUCUAACUGUAGCGGCAACAGGAAGUUCUCGUAAAAAAUUUUACAAAUAUGCUAAAUAUGUUAACGAGUCACAUGUGCCAGUAUUGCCAGAGGAGUCCGUGCACACGCUCUCGCCGAACGAUGUGGAACGCAUCGAGAAGCGCAUGGAACGACGGCGCAAACUGCUGCAAGAAAAAUGCGCCGAAUUUGGGCUAAAUGUAGUUGGUAACGACACUUGGCACAAGCCCAACGCCUGGGAGUUUUUAGUCAAUAAAAAAUAUCACAUUAUAUGGUGCAAUGUGUUCAAAGCCGCCUCCUCAUCAUGGAUGUUCAAUUUUAAUGUAUUAGCCGGCUAUUCGCCGGAUUUCUUACAACGAACCAAAGAAGUGUUCCUGAAUUUGGCAAGGGAACGCUAUCCACGCGUUACUAUUGAGCAGCUGCGAGAAGCACAAAAUGAUUCCACUACAUUCAUGAUAGCGCGUCAUCCAUUCGAGAGGCUUUUGAGUGCAUAUCGUGAUAAGCUGGUAUUUGCCAUACCGCACUCCUAUCACGACAAACUGGGGCGGCGUAUUGUGCGCAAAUACCGCAGCAAAAGUUUGGAUAUGAAUUCCCCAAAAUAUCCAACAUUCCCGGAGUUCGUGCGCUGGCUGCUGGAUCAGAUCAAGCACGGCAAUGUCCAAAUGGAUAUGCAUUUCGUCUCGUCGACGAUGUUCUGCACGCCGUGUGUCAUUAAUUUCGAUGUGGUCAUGAAAUUCGACACACUCGACGAAGAUCAAUUAUAUCUCAUACACAAGACUGGCUUAACGCGCGUCAUAGCGCCAGAGUGGCGCAAUGCGGGCAAGGGCAAGAACACGCAGGAGUUGCUGCAAUCUUUUUACUCAAAGUUGACACCCAAAGAAAUGCACGAACUGUAUCAAUACUACAAGUAUGACUUUGAGUUAUUCAAUUAUAGUGCGUCAUCGUAUUUUAAUUUGGUACAAGAAAACGGCACCUGAAAAUAAUUAGGCCCUUCACCAUGGACAGCAACAGCAGCGACAGCAGUAGCAGCAUUUUAGGUGUUUCACAAGGCAGCCACGUACGCACUCUUCAGAGCAACAACGAAGCACACACAUUUAUGCACACAAAUCUACAGCCAUACACGCCCACAUACAUGCAUGCAUACACACAUACAUACACUGACAAAUCAUACAUAUGAACAAACAUACGUACAUAUACAAAAGUAAAAGCUAAAAACCAAAAACCAAAAAGCUCUAAGUAGAAAAUUAAAGUAACUAAGUUAGAGAAUGACACAAUAAAAUUGUUCGCAAUGAGUAGUGGACUAAAAUUUAAUAAGUUUCGCAGUAUUUACGGCACUCUUUGCAUUGAUGAACUUGAAGUGCUACAUUGGCAAGAAAGUAAACCAAAAUUGUAGCCUUAAAAUAACUUUUAUAUGUAUCUACAUAUGUAAAUGUAGCAUAAUGAAGUAUUGAAAUAGUGCUUGCCACUUUAUCGAAAACCCUGCAUAUCCAGCUAAAUUGGUUGCAUAAUUGCUAUAUACAUACAUACGUACACACUUAUUACGAAACAGAAAGUAUUGGCAAACGCUUGCGAAAGUUCAAGCCUUAGGUACAUAUGCAGAUAUGUAUGUAUUUGAGCAUUUUGAAAAGACACUGUACAAUAAUUUAGCCACGUAGUAUAACUGAUAAAUAUGAGCGCAGUAUGCGUAGUUACAUUUAUUGCUAGUAGUGCUAAGCUUAAAAUUUUUGCUAAUAAUUAAAUUAAAAUAAAAAUAAAUUACAACAUAAAAUAUUAGAUUACUGAGAGCACUUGUUCGAUUCAACGAGCAAAGCAAUGCUGAAAAAGAGGCGCGUUAAUGUUUGAGGUGAAGAACGUGUCCAAAAAUAUAUCGUAACCAACUGAAGGGCUAGCAUGAAUUAUUGCCACUUUCGGAAUGUAUUAGCAUCUCAAAUACACAUUGCAUACUUGUAGGCACGUUGUUUCACGUCAAACCGCCCUUGUGUUGUUAAGAAUAUAGGUAUUUAUUGGUGCAGACGCCAAAACAUGACACAAUAAAAAUGUUGCGCAGUACUCGUAAUGUUACACGAAUAAUUUUGUAGGUUUCACUGCAUUUUUAACAAUUCGUUUUAGAGGAGCACAAAAUGCUACUUAGGUAAUAAUAUAUUUUUCUAGAAGUUCCGAAGUACAUACUUACUUACUUGAAUGAUAGGCAAAAAUAAAAACUAAUAUUUGAAAAAUGCCACUAAAUUGGGUCAUUUAGACUAAGAAAUGUUCUGUAGGCAAAAUACAAUUGAAUAAAAAACAACAAACUAAAUGACAACACAUUACCCAACCUAAAUUGUUGAGCUGAAUUGGUCAAUUUUGUUAUUUCUAUUUAAACAAAAAGUUGAGUAAUAAUAAAUCGAAUUGAAAUUUACCAAAAUCUAAACAA